AUGCCUCCAGUCAGCCAUGAGUUUACAUCCUUCUUUCCCAGAGCCGAUGCAGCUGUACUGCGUUCGAAAUAUGUCGCUCCCACAGAUCGCCCAAGCGAGACAGCUCCUAUCUUCGACACCGACAAUGCCACCAAGGCUCUGGAUAAUUGGUCCGUUGAGGUAGCAGAGCGCGUCUAUCCAGGUCAAACGGAUAUCUGGGCUCCAGCAAAGAUUCCAGAGAAGACGUCAACGCAAUGUGCGACCGACAGGUACCUGUUUCCUGUGCUGACGCGCAAUGAGAGGUUGCGAUUGACGAUGCUGUUCUACUACACUCGAGGCGCUCUCGAGGAUACUGAACUGCAGUCAAGAUUGCAAGAAAAGGUCUAUCUGGCGAGAGAUACCGUAGGAUGGGAGUUUGUAAUCGCAGGUCUCUUAAACCACAACACGUACACCCGUAUGGUGACCGUGGGUCUACCGUUGGCUGUGCUGCCCCGCCGCGAAAGUACUUGCGCCCACACAGUCAAUCAGCCAUCAGGCGCGAUCUUCACACUACUUAACAUGUCUGAGGACUGGCGGUUUCGAGAUUCUCCUCACGUAGAGAUUGGCGGUCUUCGCGCGUAUGCAGGUGCACCCUUACGAUUUGAGACCGAAUUUGGCGAACACGUUGCGUUCGGAUCGUUAUGUGUCGCGUCGAAUUCGGUGCAAGAGCCGCUUUCGAAGGAGAAGCAGAGAUCGUUGGCACACCUGGCCGACUGGAUCGUCGCGGACAUCGUUCAUGCUCACCGAGCACGGCGACAGAGGGAACGACGCCAAAUGUCGGACCGCCUUGCUCAGCUGACGAAGUUACUGGAAGAGAACGUGAACCUGGAGGAAGCCGUCAAGGGCAUGCUGCACGAAGUGUAUCCUGGCAGCCUGGUCAAGAUCAUGCAAGCGCAAGAUGAUGUCCUCAAUCUUGGCGAUGGGACGAAGGUGGCUACAGCGGACAUCGAGCAUGGACUGUGGGAGGACAGCGAAUACUUCGAAUAUUUGAUCGAGAAUCUAAAUCACCAGGAACCAGAAGCUCACAGGUCGAUACGGAUUGUAACCUCGCAAUGCGAAAGCCAACGGACAUCGACGUACCUUGUCUUAGGCACCAGGACCUUCCGAGAUGUUUACGAUGAUAUCGAUGCAUGGUUCGUACAGAUGUGUGCAGCUUCUUUGUGCCGCUACUGGCAAGACAGGACACUCAAGGAGGCUUUAAGGGCGAAAGAGACGUUCCUUCGCGGGAUUACGCAUCAGCUGCGAACACCAAUUCACGGCAUUCUGGGUUCCGUGGAACUUCUUACAGAGGAGUUGAAGUCACGCAAUAUUGUUACCGUAACCGCCGAAUCGACUCCCGAUGCAACACCCAGCGACGAGCGGCUCGGUGCGCUGGACCCCUAUUCAUACAUUAAGACGAUACGAUCAUCUGCGAAAGAACUCAUUUCGACAAUCAAUAGCCUUAUCAAGCUCAAUCAGUGGGCCGAUGUCGCCGAAGCACAACGAGUCGUCACAGUACAUACGAUCCAAGAAAUCGAAGUAGCUCUACUGAAGGAGCUCACGCUGUUUCUACCCGAUGACGUUACUUUACGACCUUCCCUUAUAAUCAACCACAAAUUACCGGAACGAUGCGAUACAGUAUCCUUGGACUUGCGACUCUUCGUCGAUUGUAUUCAGCCUAUUUUACAGAACGCGAUUCAGAACACUGCUGGCGGUGUUGUGGUUGUCACUAUUACGGUAUCUGAGGACUACAGCAGCAUGGUGGUCGAUGUUGUAGACAAUGGAUGCGGCAUCAAACAAGAGAACCAGGCGAGAAUUUUCGACGCCUACGAAAAAGUCGACAAUCAUACCACGGAUGCUGGCCUUGGUCUGACGUUGGCUGGGAAGCUGGCCACGCUCAUGAAUGGGUGUGUUACCCUGGUCUCCUCUGAAAUUGGCAUGGGAUCGCACUUUCGUGUUGCCUUCAACGACCCUACGUGCGCAUCUUCCAUCUCGCUGAUUCGGAAGAAGUACGAACACUUACCGCCUGUAUUCAGCAGGCUUCCCGCGGACGACCUUACCUCGCUAUUGGGCAACAACUUCGCAGAGUACCUGACCGGGCUGGGAUACGCCGAUUCUAAUGGCACUUCAGGGUCGUUCUUGAUACUUGACUACACACGUGAUCUGAGCAGGCUUUACAGUGCUACAAAGCAAGUCAGCGAUGAUCAAGUCGCCAUUUGUCUUGUUCCAGAACACGACGUGGUUAUAAACUUCGCCGGACAGCGUUUUUUGCGAGACGGUAACGUGAUAUACAUGAAGGGCCCAUUCACGUCACGAUCGAUCGAAGACAUACUAGCGGAGGCUGAUGCCGUCUUUGCCGAACUUGCGGCAGCAAAGUUAGCUCGGCCAGUACUGCCCGACGGAGGCAUUGCUCUGGAACCGACUCCACCAGCAACACCGGCAUGCAACGCACCGGAGGACGACUCUGGCUUUACAGCUCCAGAUUUGAUCCACCGUGGCUCCAUAUUUCCCAAACAACUCGUGAAAGCCGAGCUCACGAAAUCUGUCGCGACCUUGCGUCUUACGCAAGAAAAACUCGGACCCGCUUCGACCGGCUCGAACAAACCGAUGACACUCCUCGUUGACGACAACGCUGUCAAUCUUCGUCUUCUCGAGAUGUACUGUAAACGCCGUGGCAUUCCAUAUUGUACCGCUAUCGACGGUGCGCAGGCUGUCAAACUAUUCACCGAACACGGUAUCCCCGCAGCUUUCACGCCUACAGCAUCACGCACACAUCCUUGGUUAUUCGCCGAGUCGACGCCUGCGCUUUCAAUACCUCCGCCGCCUGCACUCCGGCCCUUCGAUCUUGUGCUUAUGGAUUUUCAAAUGCCUGUUUGUGACGGCAUAAGCGCCACGAGCCAGAUCCGCUCACUGGAGAAUAUGCAUCACUUAAAAAAGAGCGUAGUGUUUAUUGUCACAGGGCAAGAUAGCCCGAGAGAUCGCUUGAGUGCGCAGGAAGCGGGCAGUGAUGGGUACCUGGUCAAGCCCGUUGGUCCGAAAGUGUUGGAUCGUGGUGUCAAGCAGUGGUUUCCUAAUGCGGAGAUCGGUUAG